AUGCCUGUCUACGUAGUGACGGGCGCCAAUCGAGGCCUGGGGCUCGAGUUCGUCCGGCAAAUCUCCCAGGACAGCUCCAACACCAUCAUCGCCGCCGUGCGCAGCCUCCAAGGCGAGCUCGACGACCUGAAGCACCUCGCCUCAAAAGCUGCCGGGAAGGUACACAUCCUCGAAUGCAACACGGGCGACAUCGACUCAAUCCACGCCUUCGGCGACGCCAUAAAGGGACCACUAGCCGGCCAGCAGAUCGAUUACCUGCUCAACAACGCGGGGAUCAACGCCACGGCCCAGCAGACGAGUUUGGACAUGACGCCCGAGAGUCUCAGGCAGCACAUUGACGUCAACGUCAUGGGCCCCGCCGAGACGGUCAAGGUGCUGUUACCGAGCUUGGGCAAGGGGACCGUCGUGCUGAACAUGACGAGCGGGCUAGGGAGUUGUGGGAAGAAAUUACCAAAAUGCACGACGUAUUCAAUCUCCAAGGCCGCGGUGAACAUGUUGACGGUGCACCAGAGCGAGCAGUUGAAGGAUCGGGGCAUCAAAGUCAUCUGCAUGGACCCAGGCUGGGUCAAGACACGUAUGGGCGGCGACGGCGCAUUGCUCGAGCCGGAGGAUAGUAUUGGUGGGAUGUUAAAGGUCGUGCAUAAUUUAAAGGACGAGGACACCGGCAAGUUCUACACUUAUACCGGCGAGGAGGUUCCUUGGUGA